AUGGGAAGACCAAAGGUAUAUGUAGCACGAGAAGAGGAGGAGGGUGACGUCGACGUGACGGAGAAGGCCGACGAUGAUGCAACGGAGGAGGGCAACGAUGACGUAUAUGUAGCACGAGAAGAGGAGGAGGGUGACGUCGACGUGACGGAGAAGGCCGACGAUGAUGCAACGGAGGAGGGCAACGAUGACAUGGUUGUCUCCCAAGGUUUUUUCGAAAUGAAUUUCAAUUCGCGAUUCCCUAUUCAUGAUCGGUUUCUUCAACGUAAAAAUGAACGAGAAAACUUGGAUAGGUUUAUUCCAAAUAGAAGGGCUACCAACUACGAUUAUGCGCGUUCUAUGUUGACAGGUAAUUAUAAAGGUAAGGUAAAUCUUCAUGCAGAUAAAGAAAAAGAAGCAUACAGGAAGGUAUUGGCGGAGGCAUUUAACAUGAAUACUAGAACUCGUAUACUAGCUUUCAAGAACAAGCCUCACAUACCCAUUGACCCCAUUCCCGACCACUUUACUUCUUCUUCUUCUUCUUCUUCUUCAAAUCUUAACAAUAUUUCAAAAUCUUUAAAGCCUCGCCGUCUCAUUCCUCAGACAUCUGAAAGAACACUUGAUGCUCCGGACAUGGUGGAUGAUUUUUAUUUGAAUUUACUUGACUGGGGAAGCACCAAUGUUCUAGCCGUAGCCCUCGGUUCAACAGUCUAUAUGUGGGAUGCAACAAACGGAUCAAUAUCGGAGCUAGUCACGGUUGAUGAUGAUUGUGGCCCUGUGACCAGCGUCAAGUGGGCUCCUGAUGGAAGGCACAUAGCUCUGGGGUUGAAUGAUUCUCAUGUCCAGCUUUGGGAUUCCGCUUCGAACAGACAGUUAAGGACCUUAAGAGGAGGACACAGCUCUCGAGUUGGUUCUCUAGACUGGAACAAUCACAUUCUAACCACAGGUUGUAUGGAUGGAAAGAUCUUUAACAAUGAUGUGAGAGUAAGACAACAUGUAGUGGAGGAAUUCAUAGGGCAUAGACAAGAAGUUUGCGGGCUGAAGUGGUCUGCAUCCGGGCAGCAAUUGGCAAGUGGUGGAAAUGAUAAUCUGAUUCACAUUUGGGAUAGAUCCACGGCUUCUUCCAAUUCCCCUACCCAAUGGCUUCAUCGGCUUGAAGACCACAAUGCUGCAGUGAAGGCACUUGCUUGGUGCCCUUUUCAGAGCAACUUGUUAGCUUCGGGUGGUGGCUGGGGAGAUGGGUGUAUAAAACUAUGGAAUACACAAACUGGGGCUCGAUUGAACUCGCAUAACACUGGUUCACAAGUGUGUGGCUUAGUUUGGAAUAAGAACCAACGUGAGCUGUUGAGUUGUCAUGGGUAUAGUCAGAAUAAUUUGAGUUUGUGGAAGUAUCCUUCGAUGGUGAAGGUUGCUGAAUUAUAUGGGCAUACUUCAAGAGUUCUUUUCAUGACUCAAAGCCCGGAUGGAAAUACAGUGGCGACUGCAGCUGGAGAUGAAACUUUGAGAAUUUGGAAGGCAUUUGGGACACCUUCUUCUUCUGAUGCUGAAGUUGCAAAGAAAUCAAAGGCUAACAAUGAACCUUUUGCAAGAUGGAACCGAAUUCGAUGAUGA